UCUUGGUGAAGCAUCUGCUGUCAGCAUGAUCAUGCAGCGCAAAGAUGAUUUAACAAUAAAAAAAAAAAAAACUUGACCUUGUAUAUAAUGUCCCCAGGUCGCUGGCCGUGUGCAUGAGUCGUCGUCAUCUUCCAGAUACAUGGCGAUGCUGCGUAGGCACCUGGUGGUGGCGCUGUUGGUCGUCUUUUCGUCAGCGAGGGCCGCUGCAGUGGAUCCGAUAGCACUUGCCCGACUAGUCAAUGACAUGCUCCGCAAGUUCAACGUACGUAGCGGUUUGCCCAUGUUCAGUAUGGCCGUGAGCAUCCCGCCCGGCGUCGCUCCAGGUUCAUACGACCUCGGUCAAGUCCCAGAGGUGGAUGUGAAGCAAACCAUCUAUAACUGCGACGUGUACGAGGACGACAAUGUCUUGGCCGCAACCCUUCUGAGGUGGCCCGACGUGGCGAACCGAUGUCCCAGGGCGCAGGUGCCGUGGCAGGAUGUUCUGAAAGCGUGCCAGCGGGAGUCCAUGACGUGGAGUGAUGUGCGCUUGAAGUGCCCCCAAGCUGUGAAAGACGGCCGGUCGGACCACGCCGAAUACCGGGUCCUCGAGAAGUUCGACGCCUGGGCUAGGAAUAAGGAUAAGUCGGGUCUGUUGGUGUUCUAUGUGUACGCGACACCCUGCGAAGCGCGCUGCGCCAAAAAAAAGAACCCCUUGAGCAUCCUCAGAAUGCUACGGGGCAUCCAGGGAUGGAAUGAACACGUGCUCGUCUUCUCCAAAUUAGUGAAACCUAAUGACGGUUCCACCAUACCCGUCGACCGGCUGAAAAGAGCCCUAUCCGACAUGGGGCGUAAUAUAGGCGGCCUGGAAAAUAUCUUUCGCUGUCAGUUUGCCAGCGGUCCCAUGACGUGCAGCAGUUGCUCCACCUCGGGGGAGAUCUCCCCUCAAUGCUACUCGGACGAAGGCGACUUGGAGGGAGCAGGGCAGCCAAGUGGGGCGCAAGGGCCAGUGGGAGGCCAAGGGGUGAUUGGCACGCCGCUACAGGAGGGACAAGGAGGUAGAGGAGCAGGAGGGUGGGCGCAAAGAGUAGGAGGGGCAGAAGACGAGUGGCAAACAGUGGGGCAAAGAAGAGGCGGAAAUGGGGCAACGCGAGGGCAACAUCAGAGGGGGCAAGGUGGGGCGGGCCGAGGACAAACAGGAAAUGGGGCUGCUCAAGGGCAACCCGGGUGGUGGCAAGGUGGCGGUGGGGCAGGACGAGGGCAAACAGGAAAUGGGGCAACGCGAGGGCAACAUCAGAGGGGGCAAGGUGGCGGUGGGGCGGGACGAGGGCAAACAGGAAAUGGGGCAACGCGAGGGCAACAUCAGAGGGGGCAAGGUGGCGGUGGGGCGGGACGAGGGCAAACAGGAAAUGGGGCAACGCGAGGGCAACAUCAGAGGGGGCGAGGUGGCGGUGGGGCGGUACGAGGGCAAACAGGGAAUGGGGCAACGCAAGGGCAACAUCAGAGGGGGCGAGGUGGCGGUGGGGUGGUACGAGGACAAACAGAAAAUUGGGCAACGCAAGGGCAACAUCAGAGGGGGCGAGGUGGCGGUGCAGCGGGGCGAGGACAAACAGGAUAUGGGGCUGCAUGAGGGCAACACUGGUCGGGGCAAGGUGGGAAUGGGGCAGGAGAAAGAGGAAGAUGGGCCUGUGGUUGUUGAUGACCAACAACUCUUUUACGCUUCAGAAAUCUGUUUGCUAAAUGAUAAGCUUAAGAUGGCAUUAGCACGCUAACGUGACUGAUAUAUAAUGCAAGAAAAUGAUGUAAAAAAAAAAAAAAAAAAAAAACAAAACAAAAAAACGACUUGCUCAUCAUUAAAGCUUUACUUUCACGCCUUUAUUCUUGUAUUUACCUUUUCAAAACUUUUCAUUACGUGACGUUUGUGAAGUUAUUUUAUUUAUGUUAUUUUAUUCCGUUUUAUUCGGUGUAUCGAACUCAGUCGGGCCGCGUAAGAUAAACUCCAAGCCCCAGAAUGCUGCACGGAUGUGACGUCAUUUUCCAGCGUCACAACAGAAGCGUCCAAGAUGGCGGAGACGGAGUCAGCCAGGAGUCCGCUCGGCGCGCUGCUCAGCGGUGUCGCGCAGCAAAUAUUUUACCGAAACAGCGACGUGACGGAGGAGCAUUUGAAAAGUCAACUUUACCCCGAGGCCACUCCGGAACACUUCAAGGCUUUAUACGACAAAAUGAAGGCGCUCCUUAAGUCGAUGGCCACGGCCGACAUGGACCACGCCCAGCUGGAGGCCUUUCUCACCGCCCACACCUGCAAGCAGGGGUCGGGCGGCGUCACCCCCGAGCAGGCUGCCGCCCUGGCCCGCUUUUGGAAGAGCCAGCGCGGGCGCGUCCGUGAAAGCCUCCUGGCGCACAGCCGCUGGGAACCCGCCCUUCGGGGCCUGUCCUGGAGGCUGGACCUCCAAACGGCAGAUAGACGCGGAGGGCCGCCACUUGGCGGGCCACUCGCCCUGCUGGAGCUGGAGCUAGGCAACGGCGAGCAGGAGUCGAACUUUGUGUGCGUGGAGAUGGACGAGCGUAACGUCCAACACGUGCUGAACGAGAUGGCCGCCAUCCAAACGGCCAUUGACGCCGCCGUUCAGCGCGCUUGACUGUUUGUUUUCCAAGCCUGGGUCCAAAAUGACUCACAGACUGUAUUUUUUUGUUAGCCUCCCUCAGAAUGAAAAUAUUUUGGCCCCCCCCCUCAAGAGAUUAUAAAUUGUAUCUUAUGUCUAAAA